AUAAACGACGACGCGAUAUAAAUGAAAACAGGAAUGUGGAUGAGGCGAGUACGAGCAUGACCAUGGCAGUGGUUCUUCACUGCUCUCAAUCUUUCCUCUCAACUCCUUUGUUUAGUUGCAGGAACCAGAGUACAGUACCGCUAAGCGAGAAGAAAUGUAGAUUAAAAAAUAAGAUAAUGAUGCGUAGUUGUGUUGCUUCUUCAAAACCCACUUCUAUAAAUGGGUUUUCAAGGCGGGAUUUGGUGCUUUUUUGUCUAUCUUCUUCAAUGUCCAUUGCCUUCCCAUCUUUGGGGUCCCUUGCAGAGGAGGAUCUAAAAAUGGAUUCAUCAGUUGAUGAAAUAAAUGCAUAUACUUAUUUAUACCCAGUGGAAUUAUCGUCUAAGAACUUCCGCUUCAAAUGGGUAGAGUCAAGAAAGCCAGAGCGUUAUUCAUCAGCAGCACCAUUGUCCCCUGAUGCACGCCUGCGCAUUGUGUCUGAACGGGUUGACAUUAUUGAUAACCUCAUCAUUUCUGUUACAAUAGGUCCCCCAAAUUCUCAGUUCCUAAAAUCCAAGGAUAAGAGUACCUGGAUUGCAAAAGAUGUUGCUGAUUCGGUUUUAUCAGACAAGUCUGCACUGCGAGUCACCUCAAGUCAACGUUUGGCAGAGAGCUCAGUUCUCGAUGCACACAAUAGUGAAAUUGAUGGCGAGCCGUACUGGUAUUAUGAAUACCUGGUACGCAAGUCCCCCACCAAAAACGUCCAAGAAUCAAACCUUUUUCGGCACUACGUUUCAUCAACAGCUGAGCGAGAUGGUUACCUGUAUACGUUAAACGCAUCAACUCUUAGCAAACAAUGGGACAAGAUGGGACCUUUCCUGGAAAAAACUGUGGCUUCAUUUCGCCUCAUCCCUCCGACAGAUAACUAUGUACCUCCAUAUAAGGACCCAUGGAGAUUUUGGUGAUAGCAAAAGUUACUUUCUUCUUUAUUUUUGAUUUUUCUUCACCAAUUCUCUAACAAUAGGUUAAAACUUCACUAAGCUUGUAAUCAUCAACAUUAUUCUUUUUAUCUUAUGAGUAUAUUCAGAUUCGUAUUAACAAGUGGAAGAGUUAAGGGUAUUUCAUAGUUCUUGUUA